CGGCACGUGCAAGACGGACGGCCCUGUUUAGUGUAUGGGACUGGAGAUCGUCCGGUCCAAGUAUAACCCUGAAUAAAGUAUUCAGAGUAAGUGUUUGUAUUCCUGUCUUAAGUGCGUCACAAACGGCGUAUAAACACAAAGCAAACCAUAUAAAACAUGGUGGCAGUGGAUAAUCAAGCCAGUAAAGGAAACGAGGCUUAACAAACACGCGCCAGCUUAACAAGUAAUUAGAAACUUCGUUCAAAGGUUGAGCUGCGGCAGACAGACAGUCUCCUUUGUAUAUCAAAAUAACGAUUACUUUAAAGUAACAGGAAAAAAUAUAUAAUUAAAAAGCGAGAUGAAUAGUUUAACUCCUCCGGAACCAUUUUCCAUGGACACGUCGAAUCCAGAAAAUUGGAGUUUAUGGAAGCAACGAUUUGAUAUUUAUGCAACGGCUAUAGAUUUACCUGCAAAAAGUAUUCCACAGCAGAGAGCCAUCCUACUCCAUAUUAUCGGAGAGAAAGGCUUAGAAAUAUACAAUAAUUUCCAUUUAGACGAAAAUACCUCGAAUCCGACAGUGGAUGAAAUCUUAGCUAAAUUCACGGACCAUUUCCAGCCGUAUAAGAACACUAUCUAUAGUAGAUAUGUAUUUUUCUCGCUUGUACAGAAACCAGAACAAACUGUAGACGAAUUUGUAACAGAGCUAUGUACAAAAGCUCAAGGAUGUGAUUUUGGCACCCUAACCGAAUCUCUUAUAAGAGACAGAAUUGUCUUAGGCACACAAGAUGAUAGUAUCAGACAAAAAAUGCUGCAAAAUCCGACAUUAACAUUGGCCAAGGCAAUAGACAUGACAAGAGCAUCCGAACUAUCUAAGCACCAAUUAUCUAAAAUCAGGGCAACAGAAAUAACAGUGAACAAAGUGAAAAGUCAGUUUCCAAGACAAAAAGAUAAACCGAAAAAAUCGAAUACGUGUAUGACGAAUAAAAAUAGUGUCAAGAAUAAAAAAUGUUACAAAUGCCUAACUAUACACGAGUAUGGAAACUGUCCAGUUUUUGGCAAAUUUUGUUAUAAAUGCAAAAAGAAAAACCAUUUUUCUUCAGCAUGUGAAGCGAAGAAAAUAAAUGAAAUUGAUAAUACUAAUUCCACCAUCAUCUCAGAUGAGGAAGAUUAUCUAUUGGAUAGAAUCGUUGUGCUGAAUGAAGUCACGCAUGAACACUGGGAAGAAGUAAUUGAAAUAAAUGGGAAUCCUACUAAAAUAAAAUUAGAUACUGGAGCGGACACUAAUGUUAUUUCUUGGACGCAUUUGAAGCAGUGGACCAAUCCUCCAAAGAUAAAACAGACCAAGGUCAAAGCCUAUACCUUCACACGUGAGAGAAUACCGAUCGUUGGUGAAUGUCACCUCCAACUCAAGUCUGGAAGCCAUGAAACCACGAGCAAAUUCCUUGUCGUCAGGACACGUGGGUUACCUCUAUUGUGCGGAGAUGCAUGCAAAAAGCUAAACCUAAUUAAAAGGAUAAAUUCUAUUACACCGGAACUUAACCCAGAAAAUAUUUUGGAAUCCUAUUCCAGUGUGUUUGAGGGAAGUGGCAAACUUAAACAUGAGGUUAUAAUCAAAUUAAAUCAAAAUGCAAUUCCAAAACUUGUCCCUCCUAGAAGGAUCCCAGAAGCUUUAAAAACAGAAGUUAAACAAGAAUUAGAGGAUCUGGUUAGAAAAGGAAUCUUAAAAAAGACAGAAGAAACUUCUAGUUGGCUCCAUCCAAUGGUUAUUGUUAAAAAGAAACAAGGAAAAUUACGCCUGUGUAUGGAUCNGCGUGAAUUAAAUAAAUACAUUAUUAGAGAUAAUUAUCAGAUACCAUCGCCAACAGAACUGUUAUCAAGCAUUCCAAAAGCUAGAUAUUAUACAGUUAUGGAUGCUAAAUCAGCCUUCUUUCAGCUACCAGUAGAAGAACAAUCACAAAAACUGUUGAUAAUGAAUACACCUUUCGGAAAGUAUAAAUUUACAAGAUUGCUGUUUGGAAUCACAACAGCAUCAGAGCAUUUUCAAAGAGCCAUCGACACAAUACUUUCAGAUAUUGAAGGCAUUUACACAUAUAUGGAUGAUGUUCUAAUCUAUGGUAACACAUUAAGAGAGCAUAAUCAAAAACUGAUAAAAGUCUUAAAAAGAGCAGAAACUCAUGGUCUUAAAUUUGAAAAAAGCAAGAUCCAACUGGCACAAAGGCAAGUCACCUUUGUAGGGCACAUAAUAGGACCAGACGGUAUAAAACCAGAAGAAUCAAAACUUAUUGCUAUUCAACAGUUAAAAGAACCAGAAAACCAAAACGCACUACAAAGAUUCUUGGGAUUAGUGAACUAUUUAGGCAAAUUUAUACCUAAUUUAUCAAAUCUCACACACAAUCUUAGGCAGCUGCUCAGGAAAAAUAUUGAAUGGACAUGGACAGAAGAGGCAAGAAGGGAUUUUAAUUAUAUAAAGAAAAUUCUAACGCAGCCUCAAACAUUAGCACAAUUUGAUUCAAACAAAAUUAUAACCCUACAUACAGAUGCCAGUCAACAUGCUCUAGGAGCAGCAAUUACACAGGAAGGAAAACCCUUAGCUUUUUCAUCAUCAUCUUUGAAUGAUACACAGCAAAACUAUUCCCAAAUCGAAAAGGAACUACUCGCCUUAUAUUAUGGAUGUAAAAAAUUUGAUCACCUGCUACUUGGAAGAUCGUUUGUAGCAUAUACCGAUCACCAACCUUUAAUCACACUAAUUAAAAAACCAUUAAGUACAUUGUCUCCUUGACUGCAGAGAUUAAUGCUAAAGUUAUUGGCUUACGACUUCAAGUUAUACUACAAGCCGGGAAGAGAUAAUCUCAUUGCAGAUAUUCUUUCAAGGGACAUAAGGCAUCCUACACCCAAUUUCUCAACACCAGACCUAGAUGAACAAGUAUUAAUAAGAACAGUUGGUAUGAAAAUCACAGACACCAAACUCAUAGAAUUAGCUGAAAACACAAGACAAGAUCAAAGUCUGCAGACUGUAAAGAAAUACAUAUCAGAAGGAUGGCCGGUACAUAAAAAGUCUAUCCCAUCAAACAUCAAACCCUACUACGAUUUUAAAGAAGACCUAUACCUAUGGAAGGAUAUUAUAUGUAAAGGACCUGCCAUAAUAAUUCCAGAGAAACAAAGAACCAGAGUUCUACAGCAAAUUCAUGCUGCACAUCUGGGAAUCAACGCUUCACUCAGCAGAGCGAGGAAUAAGGUAUACUGGCCAGGAAUGAAUCGUGACAUAGAAGAAGCAGUAAAAUCUUGUAGACAAUGUCAAAGAUUUCGACCAGCUCAGACAAAAGAACCUUUGAUACCCCACAGAAUUCCUACAUAUCCAUGGCAAGAAGCAACAGCGGAUAUUUUCUAUUUGGCCAGCAGUCCAUAUUUGCUAAUUGUGGAUAGAUACAGUGCCUAUCCAGAAGUUUAUAAAAUGCCAUCGACUGAUGCUUCCAAAGUUAUUCCCAAGUUCAAAGAAACUUUUUCGCGAUUUGGAAGUCCAGAAAUAUUAAUGACUGAUAAUGGUCCCCCAUUCUCGUCAGUAGCUUUUAAUCGCUUCUGUGACAAAUGGAGUAUCAAGCAUAGUACAUCUAGUCCUCGAUAUCCCCAGAGUAAUGGCCACAUAGAACGACAUGUGCAAACAAUAAAAAACAUACUUAAAAAGACAUCAGAAGCAGGUCAAGAUCAGUAUUUGGCUUUGCAAAACUGGAGAAACACUCCUAGGAACUCAUUACCAUCACCAGCUCAGCUGUGCAUGGGAAGGAACAUAAGGUCAACACUUCCAUGCAAAUCAUCCCAUUAUCACCAAUUCCAAUUUCGUAGAGAGGAUAUCCAACAACAACUGGAGCAGAACCAGAACAAGAUGUCAAUGUAUUAUGACAGAGGUAGUGUUCCCCUCAAUCCGUUGAGACCGUCAACACAAGUUUUAGUGCAUACAGGAAAAGAAUGGUCUCCGGCAACUGUUGUAAAACCUCUAAAUGAACCCAGAUCAUACUUAAUAGAAGAUUCACACGGUCAACAGUACCGAAGAAACAGAGUGCAUCUGAAACCGAAUCACAGCCCCAGAAAAGCACCUCAAGAGAAAGGUGAAGAGAAACAAGAAAAUGGAAAGGAAGAAACUGAGGAAAAGGAAGAAGGAGUAAUCUCCAAAGAAAAGGACUUUCAAACUCCAACAAGAAAAACUAGUUCAGGAAGAAUUAUUAAAGCUCCUGUUCGACUCAAUUUGUAAAUAUGUAUGUAUUUA